CAUGCACUACGUGGCCGCCUACCUCCUGGCCGUCCUCGGCGGCAACAACUCCCCCAACUCCAAGGACCUGAAGAAGGUCCUGGACAGCGUGGGCAUCAAGGCGGACAAGGAGUGCAUGAAGAAGGUAAUCGGCAAGCUGAGCAGCAAGAACAUCGAAGAUGUGAUCGCACAGGGGAGCAGUAAGCUGGCCUCCAUGCCCUCCGGUGGUGGUGCCGUUGCUGUUGCUGCCAGUGCUGGUUCUGCUGCCCCUGCUGCUGCUGGUGUUACCCCUGCUGCUGCAGAGGAGAAGAAGGAAGAAAAGAAGGAGGAGUCAGAAGAGUCUGAUGAUGACAUGGGCUUUGGUCCCUUUGAGCAAUCACCCUGA